GAUGAACUCAAACUCAAACAAUGGUAAUUGGCGUUAAUCCCCAAUGUAAAAGAGCUUAACCUAAAACAUGGAACAACCCCCCAAAGCUUCCCAAUUGAGCUCCAGAUUUACAUGAGGGCUGCCCGUCUUCUUCUGCCCCGAUUCAAGAACGCCGCCUCAGAAUCUGCCCGCCUUUUCUCGUCUCCCGCCGCCCUGAAACGGCAGCCCUGGACCCCCUUCUCGGACUACUCGGACGGCGAAAGGGCUGUCUACAAUCGAGCUCUGGAGUUCCAGCGGCCUACCACCGUCAGAUAUGAGGACAUUUUUCCCAACACUGUGAGCUUAAUUGGUAGAAUAGUAUACCCUCUGAAAGCAUGCAAGUCCCCUGGAUUCGGCUUCUACACUAUGCUUAAAGUUAAGGCAUCGAGUGGCGCUUCCCCCUAUUUUAGCAUAAUGCUCAAAUUUUGGAACGACAUGGCGGAAAUAUCGGUGCAGCAUCUGAAGCUGAAUGAUUUAAUUUAUGUUUCGGGACGUCUAGGAUCGUACAUGAAGGUGGAUGAAAAUGGGAAAUCGAUUCAUAAGUGCGAGGUAAUUGUUACAGAGAUAAAUUUUGUUGCUCAACAUGGUCUAGGGCCAGCUUACCAGAACCUCGCGAAGAUAGAACAUGCAGUUUCAGCUGAGGAUAUCAUGCAGAAGCAUAGAGACCGACUUCAUUUGUGGCAAAUAUUCUUUGCCAACCCAUGUGAGUGGUGGGAUAAGAGAAACUGUAAAUUGAGCCCAAAGGCUCCAGACUUUAAGCACAAAGAUACCGGUGAGGCUCUCUGGCUCCAAGACAAAGAUCCUCCAUGGAUCAAACAACAACUCCAAUUGCUUGAUUCAAGAUUCAGCAAACGAAGCCCAGCAGGAGAACGCAGAAAUGCUUGGUCACAUCUGUCCCCUUUGGUCUACUAUGACACAUGAGAAACAUUGAAAACUCAGUGAGCUCAAAAGGUGAACUUGACAUUGCUCAUUGUUGCAAUUGUUCCAACCUAGAAUACUCUGUUGUUUUUGGAUCUUGAAACCCUAUACGGGAUGAGAAGAUGGUGGCCAAGUUUCAGAUGUUGGUUUGGCCUGAAAGCAAGUUGUUUUCAACUCUAAGCUGUUAGAAACAAAGCUGAAGUUUGUGGAUAUAUACUGUACAGAACCAAUGCUGGAUACAGACUUACAUUGGCUAGUUACACGCGGCUAUUCUACCUCACCAAGAUUGGGUGCAGUAGUUAAUAUGGUUGGAAAAGUCCAUGUUAGUAAUCACACUCGCCUACAAAUUACUUUUGUACGAUAGUCAUAACAAACGUUUUCUCAAUCCUGGAGCUUGUGUCUUGCAGUUCUAUCAGAAAUUCUGUAUGAUUUGAUAAAA